GGGCGGUGAUGGGGGGACAGGGAGUCUGGGCUUCAGAGCGGGGCCCAGGCUUUGUGUGGGGCUGGCGGGAGAGAGAGCGGGAGCCCACCGAUGGCAGAGGGGGAGCGUGCAGGGAGCUCUGCCGAACAGGGCAGGAGUGUUCGAGCCGCGCAGCGGAGCGGAGAGGGGGAGAUGCAGGCGGGGAGAGGGGUCUGCCGGGCAUCCGCAGGGUGAUGGUGUGGGGGCGGUGUUUCCCGGGGCAGAGGAUUUGCUGGAGGCAAGUGAGUGUCUGGGGUCCGAGCCAAGGCGCAGGCGGGAAGGACGGUGAUGGACCCCCAGAGACACGUGGAGAGAGGGGCGGUGUGUCCGAGGCACUCCGUUGGGGGACGACGUGUGGAUGGGGUGUCCGCAGGGAGCCAGGAACCCACACUCUCCGCUACGACCUCGUGGCCCUGGCCCCGGGCGGGCCUGGGAAGGCCCAGUUCCUGGCGCUGGGAUACUUUGAUGAUGAGCUCUUCAUGCGCUAUGAUGGCGAGAGCCGCAGGGCGGAACCCCGGGGUCUAGGGAUCAGGACAGAGCUGCGAGCUGAGACCUGGGAGAGAGAGACUGAGGACCUGAUAGAGAAGGAGCGGCAACUCAGACUGACGCUGGCAGAGAUCAUGGGCCAGCAGGGCCAGGGCCAGGGCCUUCAUUCUCUCCAGGCCACACUGGGCUGUGAGCUCCAGAGAGACCUCAGCACUAGAGGCUUCUGGCGCUUGGGCUACAAUGGGCAAGACAUCCUCACCUUCGACUCAGAGACCCUCACAUGGACGGUGGAUGCACAUUCAGCCCAGCACAUCAAGACGCUGUGGGAGACCCGAGGCCCCAGGGCUGACCUGGCUAAGAUUUUCCUGUAUGAGACUUGUCCUGCCCAACUCUGGAGGUACCUGGCCUCCUGGAGGGGCCUCCUGGAGAAAACAGUUCCCCCGUCCGUGACUGUGGCCCACAGUAAAAACCUGGUGGGCAGGAUCAUCCUGAGGUGCCGGGCUUUUGGCUUCUAUCCUCGAGAUGCCACUCUGACCUGGCUUCUGGAUGGGGAGCCCAUGCACCAGGGCACCUUUGGGCCUAGGGCCAUCCUGCCCAGUGGGGACGGGACCUACCAGACCUGGGUGGCCACUCGGAUCUCCCCCAGAGAGGAGCAGAAUUUCGCCUGCCAUGUGGGACACCACAAGCUGAACAUCACGGUCCCUGUAGUCAUUGGGCCUCAAGGUCGGAGGGCUGUCCAUGAUGCUGCUUCUGCUGCUGCUCCUCUCACUGUGUCCGCUGUCGUUGCUGCAUUGUGUUUGGCAGUGCUCGAAGCCUAGACAAGGAAGGACACGGAGGAUGUGAGAGCCCAGGAACAGGAGAAGACUAGACAAGCCCUCUUUCCUGCUUACAGGAUGAAGGGACCGGGUGUGCAUUAUGAAAACUGGCUAAAAAAAAAAAAGAAGAAAAAAGAAUCAACCUUUUAUCCUGACUUUCGCAAAAGAAUUGGACCUCAGGAUGUACACUUAGUUGAGAAACAGAGAUGUUUCUUUAUAGAAGUAGUUCAAAUAAUAAAGAUAAAGAUAGAAAAUAAAGAUAAUAAAGAUAGAAUUCUGCCCUUUUUUCUAAUAAAGAUAGGAAACAGGACAGAAUUACUUUAUUACUAUUUUGUGACCUGAGUGAAUGAAUGGAUCUCACCCACGUGGCCACUUGAGAGACACUUGCAUGUUGUACGCCUCCUGGUGGAAGGACAGAGUACCAGCCUUGACGUCUCUCCAUCGAUUUCCUGGAAAUGGGAGGCAAUUCAUUGGAAACAGAGAAUCUUGUUCAACCACGUGGUGGACAGGCCCCCGGCAAAGGCACUGUCUUUGUGGAAAACUACAGGACAAACCACCUUAUUCCUUCACUAAAUAAACUGCCAGGAAAUGCACAAACAAGAAAGAUGGAGAGGGAAUCCGUAUGAAGCCGUCUACCUGAGGGCUGCUGUAAACAUUCAAUAAGAUUGCCUUUCCACCUUGUGAUGAAAAGAAGUGAAUCUUGCCCAUUUGCUGUUUUCUCAUUUAACCUGAGGGGUGACUCAAGGGUCGCAAGGAUUUAUGAGCUUGUUUUGUAGAAGAAAGAGAAUGGCUUCCAGGAAGUUGCCAUCACCAGAUAACCAGCCCCCAGCUGCCCUUGACGCUGGGCCCAGAAGUCAGAUUGCCCAGGGCCUAAUUGGGAGUGAAGUAUGGGUUACCCUUUUGUUUCUCUAAAACUCCUCCUCCCACGCCCCUUAGCUCUAUAGAACCUCCUGCUUUCUUCUUUCUCAAGGCAGAUUUGAGAGAACCUAUCCUCCCACCAUCUUUUUUGGCCAAUUCGAAUAAACCUUUCUCCAUCUCCAAGCACUGGAUGUCUCAGUGUUUGGCUCAUUGUGCAUUGGGCAUGGGAACUUGAGAUGAAGAGGUUUGGUAUCAAUUUUGGCGAGCCAGCCAGGAGUCUCGUGCCCAUGGCUGCAUGGCCUCAGUGAGGAGUUGAGCAGUCAGUGGUUCCCAGAAGCUGCCCGGGUCUCUCUGCUGUAGGGACUCCCCCUGCCGCUCUCUCCUUCCCACUGGUGUUAGUCACCCUUGGUGAAAUACUCGCUUGGAGCAGAGAAACGCAUUUGGUCUACUUUCAGUUUUGUAUUUUUCAGAAGUUGAAUUUUGUGUGGGUGCAUUCUUAUGUGUGCAAUCUUAUGUAUGCAAUCUUAUGUGUGACUCACUCUGGGGAACGGUAAUUUGACCCCCACCUAUAUUCUCCAAAAUUAGGUAACUUUUAGCUUCAAGCCCAUGGAAAAGGGAAAAGAUGAUAUUCUUUUAUAAAAACCACAUGGCCACAACAUUCUUUAGACUCUAGAGGAAAUGGCCAGAUGAUGGAUCCAUAGUUGGAAAAACUUAUAAAUUGGAAAAAUUUUUAUUUUUAUUUAUUUUAUUUUUUAUUUUUGAGGAAGAUUAGCUCUGAGCUAACUGCUGCCAUUCCUCCUCUAAGGAGCCCCGGACCACCAAAGUGGAAUGUGUGCACUUAACCGCUGUGCCACCAGGCCGACCCCUAGAAAAAUUUUCAGAGAGCUCUCAUCGUAAUUGUUUUAUUGGUACCUAUGAAAAGACCAAACUAAAAAGGAAAUACAAAUAAAUAAUGACUAGCUUUAAGACCCAGACUCAGGCUACAAUUAAAUUGAAAAAAAUGUAAAAGUAUAAGUGUUGAUAAGAUUAUAAAGGUUGAAAGGUUUCAACUAAUUUUAUUAAGGAGAUUAUAUCAAUUUUGCCUGAGUCUUUUUUGAAAAUGGAUGUUAUGUCUGGCUGGGAAUGCUUCCCCUACCCAAUAUUAUAAGACUUAAGACUUGAUGAUGAUGAAGUCCUCGUGAAAGCUAUGAUUAGAGGUAUUAGAGUUGAUGGAAUUAAGUGAUUACAUGUCUUUUUCAUGAUUGUGUUAUAAAUUGAAUUAUGGGGAUAGACAUCUGUCUCCCUGGGGGAAACAUUCCCCCAGUGUUGAUAUUGUAAAGCAGCAUAUAAGUCUACCCUUCAGACAAUGUUAAUUAAAUGUACUAAAGGAAGUCAAUAGGGUUGCCUGAACCCGUACAAUGUGAGAUAUUUUUCUACCUCCAGAUGGUGUGGCCAAAAUUAAGAGCUCUGUUUAACAGCCUUAAAGUAAGUGAUCUUUGGUAAGUGAAAGCUUGUUUAAGUUUGUUGGUUUGAUUGAAAUGGGCAUGCCUCAUCUUCAGAGAGAUUCAUGGAAAGGACUCUGACAUUUUCUCUAGAAUACUGCCUUCUGAUGAACUUCCAAACCAUAAAACUGAAAGAAAGAAAUUACGCACAACUAGAAGGACCCACAACUAAGAAUAUACAACAAUGUACCAGGGGGCUUUGGGGAGAAAAAGGAAAAAUGAAAUCUUUAAAAAAAAAAAGAAAUUACAGACGAAACUUCAGAAAGAAAGAAAUUACAGAACUUUAAUGGAAAAACUGAAGACUUCUUGAAACUGCUAAGAAAAGAUAAAGUGUUGAUUCCAUGGAACUAAAUGAACUGAUGAGAAUGGUUUUAAUUUUUGUGACUUUUUCCUUUGAAAUAUUGCUGAUUUUUUAAUGUUUUGUUUUUCAGAUUUAAGAAAACCUUUUUUGGGGGCUGGUUGGUGGGGUAGCAGUUAAGUGUGCAUGUUCUGCUUCAGUGGCCCGCGGUUCACAGGUUCACAUCCUGGGUGUGGACACAGCACCACUUGUCAAGCCAUGCUGUGGCAGA